GGCGCUACCCUAGGGUUUACUCUGUGAUGGCACAGGGCGAUGGCGCGGCGCUCGGCGGCUUCGACUACAGCAACUGCCGGAGGAAUCAGAUGCUGGAGAAGGCCGGCAUCAAGCUCGAUCGAUACUUGAAGACCGGCACCACGAUCGUCGGCCUCGUCUAUCAGGAUGGCGUGAUCUUGGGAGCCGAUACCCGAGCUACAGAGGGCGACAUUGUAGCUGACAAGAACUGCGAGAAGAUUCACUACUUGGCUCCGAAUAUUUACUGCUGCGGGGCUGGGACUGCUGCCGACACCGAGGCUGUGACUGACAUGGUACGCACACAGUUGGAGCUUCACAGGUAUGCCACCGGCCGUGGAUCACGCGUUAUCACAGCACUGACGAUGCUAAAGUCUCAUCUCUUCAACUACCAAGGUCACGUAAGCGCUGCUCUAGUGCUCGGUGGAUUUGAUGUAUCCGGUCCUCACCUACACACUGUUUAUCCCCAUGGAUCGACGGAUACACUGCCAUUUGCGACGAUGGGAUCCGGCUCUCUUGCUGCCAUGUCGGUUUUCGAAGCUGGCUUCAGAGAAAAGAUGACGAAGGAAGAAGGGAUGAGCCUCGUCAGUGACGCAAUCUGUGCUGGGAUUUUCAAUGACUUGGGCAGUGGAAGCAACGUCGAUUUAUGUGUGAUCACAAAGGCUGGGAAAGAAUACUUGAGGAACCACAUGACGCCGAAUCAAAGGGUCAUUACCAAAGGCUAUACUUUCAAGAGGGGCCACACCCCGAUUCUCUCGACGAAGAUCGUCCCCCUCCGCGACAGAGUGGACGUCAGUGAGGGAGAAGCUAUGGAAGAGUAAUCGCCCAGUUAAGUUUCCAAUGGAUUCUUCUUUUGAUAAGCCUUGAAGUCCAUUUCCAUUGUUUCUUGGAGGAUCGAUGUAGUUUUCCACAUCUUCUAGUCUAUAAAUAUGGGCUUGCAUGGUC